CGUUUUUUUGCUUUUUGUCCUGUCAAAUUUCAAUUCUGUCGCUUCAAUGACCUCUGCCGUGGCUCGCAAUGCGGCGUUGCUGAUCGCCGAGUGCUCUGAGAACGCUCGCGAUCUUGUUCGUCGAUGCCCGCCUCGUCUCCAGGCUCGCAACAAGAAGCUCGUGUUUGAGCUGUCGUCCGAGAGCGGCGAGUGCACCCUCGUCCCAAAGGCGUCGAUUGCCAAUCCCGCGCCGUUCGAAGGCGACGUCCGCGUCACCCGCUGGCGGGCUCCACACCACGACGAGAUGCCAGCGACCCUCGGCUUUCUUACAUUCAGUCUCAGAAUUGAUCAUCAAAACAAAACCUUUCACAUCGUUGAGCACUCGACCACUUUCAAAUCAACGCGAACGCAUCUACAGACGGCGUCGUUUCGUUGACGAUGGUGCAACAACAAAAACUAACUUGCUUGGAUUUGUUGCAGGACGCUGGAACCGUCGAGAUGAGCUUUCCGGCGAGCAUCUUUGCUUACGACAUUCCCACGACGAGUCAGGACGGAAAGCCGGUCGUGCCUUGGUAUGUCAACUUUGCGGAUUCCAAUGUCUUUGGAUUUUACGGCGGCGGUCUCUACGCCCAGGAUGAAAUGCAAGUCACAGAACAUCCGAUUCUUGGGUCGGUCAGACAGAUGCUCGAAAACCUCGAUCUCUCAAAGAAUCCCAAGAUGAAGGCCCUCACCAUGGAGACGCAACCCACCCCGAUUCUGGUCGAGAAUGUUCAGCGUCGAGUGGUGGUGGAUACCUUCCCAUCGGCAGCCGCGCCUGGUGGCCUGUAUGGCAACGCCUUUGCUUCGGCGUCCUUCGAGACCAUCGUCCAGGCCACCCACGUCCUCAACCCUCCGACAAUGUCCAACAUUAUUGCGAUUGCCGCCCAAGGCUAUGGCUUUGGCGAGUACGCGCUUCCCGUGAUCAACUUUUCAUUCCUGACGGCCUACACGGGAUUUGCGGCAGCCGUCGCCUCGUCCUGGCUCCGACUCGGCAAGCCCGCCGAUCGAAAGAGUUUCAAGGUGGUCAUCAACACUGGCAACUGGGGCUGUGGAGCGUUUGGUGGCAACCCCACGAUGAUGGCUCUCAUUCAAUUUGCUGCUGCCCAGGCGGCAGGCGUUGACGAGCUGAUUUACUCGACUGUGAUGCCGAGCCCAGCCGUGAAUCGUGCGCGUGAAAUCUGGAACGAACUGGUCCCGACCCUGCGUGACAAGCCCGUCGGGGCAUGGUUGGGUGCAUUUGAGAAGCUCAGGCUGCGCUGGGGUGUGUCGAACGGAACAUAAUGCGUGCUUUUAUGGUGCAGUAUUGCUCGAUGCACGAAUGCACAGUCAAAAGUCCGUGGCACAAGCGAUCAAAACAAUAAAAUAAAAACUUUGAUAUUGUCUGUG